AUGUUUCCUGCUCUGCAAGAGUGUAUCCAAAAGACACAGGACAAUCUGUACCUUGGUUUCAUCUCCACUGACCAGACUGGACUUCCGUGGCUCGAUUCCAUCUGCGCCAAUCUACAGCAGUUGCUACGCAUCGUGCACAAAUACCUCAUCUUCGAGAGCCACGGCAACGUCGGAACAUUGGAAACAUGUUUCCUGUGCAUCUCGCAGAUAGUAACGUGUAUCCGGUGGCUAGAGAAAACCAUCACGAUGGAACAAAACCCAGCCGAAAAGACCGGUAAACGACAGCCACUGCCACAGUCGAGGCAAUGUUUUCUCGAUCGAAUCAUCUGGUGCCUGGAGCAACUAAAAACGACCCUGGAAUCUGGUGGCGGCCCAACCGAGAGUGUGACCGAAUCAAACUUUGUCACCUACCUCGACCUGGCCCUCAGCCUCGUGGGUCCGCUGACGGUGGCCAGCGAAGAGGAGUACUCCGAGGGGGAGUACGAUACAGCGUAUCGCUCCGUGAUUGUCGAGAGCGGACGGAUCCGAUCGGUCCUCGAGGCACUGAUUUCACAGACGUUCGGAUUCUGCAACGUGCUUCCGGAGGAAGAUCGCAAACGUGUCACCUGCUGCUGCCAGAAGGUUCUUCGCGAGUGCGCGGCAAUGGAGCGUGCUGCACCCAGCGAGACGGGUUCUAGUGACAAGAAGCUCUGCGCCAGCGUACUGGAAGCGGCCAUCUAUCAACUUGAGACGCGCGUGAAUGAAUGUCUGUUGCGGUUGGUGUACGAAACCUUCGGGGACACCGAUCGACGGCUGCUGGCCGAACUCCGGAAGCGGAUUAGCAGCACCACCGACGAGGACGAGAUGGAAGAGCUAACGAAACCGUUCGAUAACUACGUGGAUCGACUAAUGCAGAUCGGUCUGUUUGCCAUCUCGUAUGCCGACGACCUAAAAGUUUCGUCCGCUAUCCGCAGUGCUUUAGCUUCGAUCGAAGCACUCGAUUCGUACCUCAUUCCGUCGCUGUAUCUAAAGUCGGACAACAGCACAACGUUGCUGGAGGAACACUGGCUAGACGAAUCGGCCAACCUCGGGCGGCUUGUUAACGCGGUGGUCGAUACGAGCGCCUUCGCCUUAUCGUUGAUCGAACUAUUGGAUUCCGCGAUCGAUACCCUCGAAAAGGGGUACGAUCCUGCCCAAGGGUUGGAAAUGGUGCAAAAGGCCGCGAUAUUUUUACAGCAUUUAGAAGAAACCAUCCCCGAAACGAAACUUCAAGAAGAACCGCUUAAGCAACCGUAUACCGGUUACCGCACGAUGACACUAGAGUGCCGGGCGAUCGUAGAACGAACCCAGGAAGACCCGACGAUAGAUACGAGCCGUGUAAUCAAACGUUUUCGGGUGCUCUUGGGUAAGCUGCGCAAGAUACAAGCCCUCGCAAACAGCAAAGCAGCCAAUACCAAGCCUGUCCCGCAAAAGGACAACUGUCGCGAGCAAAAGAAUACCGAGGCUUCUCCGGUGGGAAAGGAAAUUGAAGAAAGCGUACGCGGAUUGUUCUCGGCCAACCAGAUCCGGAUGUCCUCCACCAACAUACUGUACCGUAGUCGACGCGGAGAACCGACCAAGUGUAGGUUGGAGCCUGUCUCGCUGCUAGAAAUCAACACGUUCACCGAUAUUAUCAAACACCGCCAGAUGCUCGCUGCAUCGUCUCCCGAAAAAGGAUCGUUACAGAGAAAAACCCCGAGAAGAAACAGCCUCCGAGUGGCAAUCUUCAAAAAGCAGCAACGCUUACAGACAGCAGAGAUGUAUGAAAGCAUCAAGGGUGAUAUCGAUCUGCAGAUUACAGAAAUUCUCGAUGAGCUUACCGAUCUUUCCGGCACGUUCACCAAGACCCCUCCGGAGACGCCAAUGCCGGUGGAAGAUCCAUCAAAGACCCUCAUUCGAAAGUCUAUCACGAACGAAGAGAUAGCUAUUGAGGAUGGUCACAAAAUAAGAAUAAAUAUCUUUACGGAGCUUUAG